AUGAAUACUAUUGGUCCAGAUAGACCAGAGUGUCAAUCCACUGUGAUUUAUCGUUUAGAACAGUUGUUAAAGUCACUUGAAUCCUUCUAUCAUCCAUCAUCGAAUCAAACUGAUUCAGCAAAACUGCAGUUGGCAUGGUUUAUAUGGAAGUUUUCACGCUGCUUAAUUAGUCGUUUACGUGAUGAAUUAUUCCCUCCAGUUGAAGCAUUAGACUUAGGCUAUACACCACCAGAAUCUCUCAGUGGAACAAGUUGA